AUGGCGGACUCAGGCCGGAUCGGACCGGCGGACCCCGAGGCCGCGGCCAGCCGCCCGGAGAGCCCGCCGGCCGUGAGGAGGAGGGGGCAGCGGUCCCCGGGGCUCCGGGCCCGGCACCAGAGCUCCGCACCGGGGCACUGCUUCAGGAGGGUCACGCUGACCAAGCCCACGUUCUGCCACAGCUGCAGCGACUUCAUCUGGGGCAUCGUGGGCUUCCUGUGUGAAGUGUGUAACUUCAUGUGUCAUGAGAAAUGUCUGAAGACGCUGAGAUCGGUUUGUUCCUGCGUGACUGCGUGUGCAGUCCGGGUGCCAGUGGCUCACUGCUUCGGUCCGGCAGGUCAGAAGAAACGUUUCUGCUGCGUCUGCAGGAAACACACGGAGGGAAACACGGCGCUGCGCUGCGAAGUGUGUGAGCUGCAUGUCCACGCUGACUGUGCCACGUUCACCUGUGCCGACUGUCGCCGCUGUCACCUGGACGGGACCCUGGAGCAGGAUACGGUUCCCCACCACUGGAGGGAGGGGAACCUGGCGUCAGCGGCGAGGUGUGAGGUGUGCCGGCGCUCCUGCGGCUCGUCCGACGUCCUGGCGGGGAUGAGGUGUGAGUGGUGCGGCAUCACGAGCCAUGCGGCGUGUUACCUCAGCGUGCCACCAGGCUGCACUGUGGGGCGUCUGCACGGCAUGCUGCUGCAUCCGGCCUGCGUCCAGCUCGACUCCAGAAACUUCAGCAAGAUGCACUGCUACCGUAUCACAGAGAGCUGCAGCCCCGAGCUGGAUAACUCAGAUGACGUGGAUCCGCCUGCCGUGGCGUCUAAAGACGUUCAGCCGGCCGCUGCUGAGUCAGGUAAGCAGUUUCUCAAGGUGUUUGACGGGGAUGAUGCAGUCAAACGGAGUUACUUCAGACUCGUCUCCAUUUUUCGAGCCACAAGAAACGAGGAAGUUGUGGAGGCGGCGCUGAGGGCCUUCUACCUCCCAGAUGACCCUCAGGACUUCGAGCUGCACGAGGUCGGCGGUCUGCAGCGUCUCCACAGCGACGACAUCCUGAACCGUAAUGGCGGCCCCGACAACCGGAGCUCUCUGAAGGACGGAGGCGAGGCCUGGCUGCUGAGGCCCAAGCCCCGAGCAGCUGAGGUCAUCCAGGUGUACGCCGGCUGGCCCAGGUCGGGUGCAGCUUUCGUACGUGUCUCCGUCUCUAAGGACGCCACGGCAGCUUCAGUCCUCACUGAGGUCCUCAGUCAGCUGGACAGACAGGAGGAGGACGAGUCCGGCUUCAGUCUUCUGGAGGUUUUCAUGAGCAGCAAGCAAGUGCAGAGACAGACGCUGACGCCUCAGGAGAAGAUUGUGGACAAACUGCAGGAGAUCAGGAAGUUGUCCCUGCGACAGAUGAACCAGACUCGGUUCUACGUCGUGGAGAACAGGAAGCGGGCGGUGCAGGUCAACCUGCUGAUUGGAGGACUGCCCCCCCUGCUGGCCAGAGAGGAGUACGCCCAGCUGAUCCAGGAACAGCUGACCAUCAAGAGUCACCUGGUCACCGUCACCCACAUCUACCCCAGUCAAGGUGCGGUGGUGCUGCAGGUCUCAUGUUUCUCUGAGGCAGAGCGGAUCUACAUGUUGGCUAAAGACACGUCUGUGAGCAGCAAGACGCUGACGUCCCUCGUCGUCCCACAGAUCCUGCCCAGCAGACUGGCUGCAGACGUCUGCCCCCUGCUGGUGUUCGUCAACCCGAGGAGCGGAGGCCUGAAGGGCCGCGAGCUCCUCUACAGCUUCAGGAAGCUCCUGAACCCUCAUCAGGUCUUUGACAUGUCCACAGGAGGACUGCUGGCUGGUCUCCACACCUUCAGGGAGGUUCCCAGGUUCCGGGUGCUGGUCUGUGGGGGGGAUGGGACGCUGGGCUGGGUGCUGGGAGUCCUGGAGGCCGUCCGACACAAACUGGUCUGUCGAGAGCCGCCCAUCGGCAUCGUGCCUCUGGGAACAGGUAAUGACUUGGCUCGUAUCCUGCGCUGGGGGCCGGGCUACAGCAGCGAGGACCCGCACCACAUCCUGGUCUCUGUGGACGAAGCAGACGAGGUUCUGAUGGACCGGUGGACCAUCCUGCUGGACGCUCAGGACAUGUCUGAGGACGGACAAGGCAACGGCUUCCUCGAGCCGCCCAAGAUCGUACAGAUGAACAACUACUUUGGUUUGGGCAUCGACGCUGAGCUCAGCCUGGACUUCCACACGGCCCGAGAGGACGAGCCUGAUAAGUUCACCAGCAGGUUCCAUAACAAAGGCGUGUACGUGAAGGUCGGUCUUCAGAAGAUCAUCUACACCAGGAGUCUCCACAAUGAGCUGCAGCUGCAGGUGGACUCUCAGGACGUCCCACUGCCCAACAUAGAGGGACUGAUCUUCCUCAACAUCCCCAGUUGGGGUUCAGGCGCUGACCUUUGGGGGACAGAGGUCGACGGUCGCUAUGGGAGGCCGAGCAUCGAUGACGGCCUGCUGGAGGUGGUGGGGGUCACGGGGGUCGUCCACAUGGGCCAGGUGCAGAGUGGCCUCCGCUCUGGGAUCCGUAUUGCUCAAGGGAACUACAUCCGGCUGACGGUCAGUAAGCCCAUCCCGGUGCAGGUGGAUGGAGAACCGUGGAUCCAGCCGCCGGGUCACAUCAUCAUCUCCGCCGCUGGACCAAAGGUCCGGAUGCUGAGGAAGUCCAGACAGAAGCAGAAGAAGUCUUCAUCUGGAGUGAAGGACGCUCGCUCAGAGAGUCCGUCCUCCAGGGACGCUGGACACUCGUAAAGAGUAAUGAGCAGCUCCACAUGACGAGCUCCAGGUUCUUCUCAGACAUUAAGAACAAACCCUCCAGAGGACUGGGAGGUUUGGAAGAAGCUGCCAACACGUUAUGAUUUAUUCUUCUCGUCUGAAAUCCCAUAAUAUUGUUGGUUUUUCAAAUCGCCCAAAAUCGAUGUUGUGGUGAAGCUUCGUCUCUGAAGCACGUUGACCAACGAGCUGAGACUGGAUCAGUUCAACUGGAGAUGAAACCCUGACGUGGUCUGAGUGGAACAGAAGCUUGUUCUUCUUCAGGCUGCAACUGAUGUUGGGUCAUUCACAAUAUAUAUUAUAUUAUAGGUAUAUAUAUUUACUGUGUCUGCUUUUUAAAACAUUUCAUUUAGUAUCAUCAUCUCAAAGGAAAUCAACUAAAUAUCACCUUAUCAUUCUAUGAUGCAUUUAAAAUAACUGGAAUGUGAAAGAAAUAAAAUAGUCAAUAAAAAACGUUAAUAAGUUAGCAUGUGGCUAAGUUAUCAUAUCAAAAGUUACCAAGUUAGCGUCCUUAGCUUUUUUAAUUGAAUAAAUAAAUUAUGAAUAAAUUGUAAUGACAUGAUAGUCUUGUUACCAUAGAAACCACGAUGCAGGUUAACGAUGCCUUUUCAGUCGAUGCUAACGUGAAGUGCUACAACGGUUAGCUGCUUUCACACGGGUCGCGUUUAAUGUGUUCGCGUGAGUCCAUGUGAACGUCUCCCUCUAGUGGUGUUAACGUGAAGAGACCAUGUGAACGUCUCCCUCUAGUGGUGCUAACGUGAAGAGACCAUGUGAACGUCUCCCUCUAGUGGCGUUAACGUGAAGAGACGAUGUGAACGUCUCCCUCUAGUGCCGUUAACGUGAAGAGACGAUGUGAACGUCUCCCUCUAGUGGUGUUAACGUGAAGAGACCAUGUGAACGUCUCCCUCUAGUGGUGUUAACGUGAAGAGACCAUGUGAACGUCUCCCUCUAGUGGUGCUAACGUGAAGAGACCAUGUGAACGUCUCCCUCUAGUGGUGUUAACGUGAAGAGACCAUGUGAACGUCUCCCUCUAGUGGUGUUAACGUGAAGAGACCAUGUGAACGUCUCCCUCUAGUGGUGUUAACGUGAAGAGUCCAUGUGAACGUCUCCCUCUAGUGGUGUUAACGUGAAGAGUCCAUGUGAACGUCUCCCUCUAGUGGAGUUAACGUGAAGAGACGAUGAGAACGUCUCCCUCUAGUGGUGUUAAGGUGAAGAGACCAUGUGAACGUCUCCCUCUAGUGGUGUUAACGUGAAGAGACCAUGUGAACGUCUCCCUCUAGUGGUGUUAACGUAAAGAGACCAUGUGAACGUCUCCCUCUAGUGGUGUUAACGUGAAGAGACCAUGUGAACGUCUCCCUCUAGUGGAGUUAACGUGAAGAGACCAUGUGAACGUCUCCCUCUAGUGGUGUUAACGUGAAGAGUCCAUGUGAACGUCUCCCUCUAGUGGCGUUAACGUGAAGAGACGAUGUGAACGUCUCCCUCUAGUGGUGUUAACGUGAAGAGACCAUGUGAACGUCUCCCUCUAGUGGUGUUAACGUGAAGAGUCCAUGUGAACGUCUCCCUCUAGUGGUGUUAACGUGAAGAGACCAUGUGAACGUCUCCCUCUAGUGGUGUUAACGUGAAGAGACCAUGUGAACGUCUCCCUCUAGUGGCGUUAACGUGAACACCUGGAGAAUAAUGGUCAAUCUAUGUAAAUUAGUGACGUUUGCAGCAAAUAAAAACUUUCUAGAAAACUGGAUGACUCUAACUUUACGAGUUAAUGAUCUCGUUCUUACUUCAGAGCCAAAUCAAAUUUGUAAAGUAAAUAAAUAGAAACUACGAGAGCUAGCGACAGAACAUGUCCAGUGAGCAAGCAACACACAAAAACGUGAAUUUAGUCCUUUGUAAAUAUUCAAUCUAAAAACAUAAAUACAUAAUAAAUAUAAAUAAAUAUAUUUAAAGAAGCCUCCGGUGGAAUUUACCAUAUUUCAAUUUGAGGCGAAAACUUUAUAUUCAAUCAUUUUGCUGCCAAAACUAAAUGAACAAAUAUUUGUUUAUAUUUUCCCGAUUUGGUGCAAAAUACUUUGAGUGAAACGUCAGAUUUUGUAGAUUUGGACGUUGAACGAUGACUCAGCAGUUUGUCCUCCGACUUCGUCCACAUUCCUCGAGAGACUCGCUCGUUAUGAGGCCACAACAGUAUUUCUGUUUUGUUGUAAUAUUUACAUUUCUAAAUUCCAGUUCUGCAUAAACCGAUUAAUUUUGAUGUUUUUCUAUGAUUUGUUAAAGUUGUGUUUGAUCGGUGAUUCUGUUUUUAUUCAAAGUCUCAAACCAACGUUCUGCGUUGUUUUCUUAACGCAGGAAGUUCUUUAACUGUUGUAGAUUGAGUCGUCUGCCGUCUGUGUGUGUGUGUGUGUGUGUGUGUGUGUGUGUGUGUGUGUGUGUGUGUGUGUGUGUGUGUGUGUGUGUGUGUGUGUGUGUGUGUGUGUGUGUGUGUGUGUGUGUGUGUGUGUGUGUGUGUGUGUGUGUGUGUGUGCUUGUACAGCUAUGUUUGUGAGGACCAGUUUGAUUCUACACCUACAAAGUGAGGACACUUAGAUGGUCAGGGGCUAGGGAAUACAUUAGGCCAACGAGGUUCCUCACUGAGACAGCUGUACGUGUGUGUAGUACUGUACAGAUCUGACAGUGUGGUAUUACUGUGGUAUUACUGUACUUCUGCCUCCAUAUGUCAUGUUCAAAACUUCGUUUUUCCUAAUCUCCAGUUUUUACUUUGUAAAUUUCAAUGUAAUUCUAUAAAAUAAUCAACUUUCACAGACUUGAAACUUAAUGAAGAGAAUGAAUCCGUCACAGUUUCAAGUUCAUGACACCAGUGAAUUUUCACUGUUUCAUUUUUGAUUAAUCAACUAAUGACUUGGAGACACAAGGAAACUUCCAUGUCCAGUAGCAGCCAGUAGGGGCCAGUAGGGGUCAGUAGGGGCCAGUAGGGGCCAGUAGGGGUCAGUAGGGCCCCAAGACAGUGUCGCGACCCCUUAGUUGAAUUCAAACUAAAGUUUCUGAUCCAGAAGAAUCUCAAUUAAAAAUACUUGAAAGCUUUUUAUUUGUGCAUCUUGAGCGAUUUUAAAUAUUCUGCGUCAAUAACCUUGAAUUCUUUCCACGUGUUAAACGUUUUGUUUUGUUGUUGACUGUCACGUCUUUCUCACUGAUGCCACAAAUUGUGCUCACGUUUGGUUGAAUGUUAAAAUGUGCUUUAAAGAGCUUUCUCUGCUUCUCGGAGUCCGUUGUGCCUCGUGGCGUCUGACUGUCGUGUCGAUGUUGCGCCCCCUGGUGGUGGUGUGUUAGCAGUAGUGCCUCAUUGACACCCUCAGUGCUCUGGCGUGUGGUCGUGUGUGUGCUGAGCUAACGUGCCUCAUGAUUUCUGCUGUAGCUGCGUUCAGUUUUGACCUGAAGUUUUAUUGAAGAGAUGAUAUGUAUAUUUUUGCAGUUUUUUUUUGUUUCCACUGUAAAGUUUUAACUGUAAAUUGCACUAAUUAUUUUACAGAUGCUCUUAGAUGUGUCGUCCAGGUUAUUAUUAAUGUUGUAAUAACUAAAGCUAAAUAUUUAGAACUAUAUAUGUUUAAAUAACGAUUCUUAUCGGUUUAAUUACAAUAAAAUAAAGAUCAUCUAAGAGUUAA